CCAGAACAGCCCAAUUUUUUUACAUAUUUCGUAUGAAGUAAUUUGAACUUAGGGAACAUAAAUAAAACGUAAAGCAUAAUACUUCGUGCUUGUCUGUCAAAGAAGAUCCUAAUGAUAUCAAAUAUUACUAGCUGUUUAUACGACGAUUUUACCGAUACACAACAUACCUACCGGAAACCAAAAGCUCACGAUUGUUUAGUGGAAUUUUUUUGCGAAAUUCAGAACAACUAUGACCAAGACUAUUACCCAUCACUAUUCCAUUUCGAUUCUAAUCGCAUUUCUUAGUAUUAUAUCCAUUACGAUUAUUACUAACUUCCUAACUAGGUGGGGGCGGGGGAUUAAUUGACUAACAUCAAUAGGACUUGGUAUAGAAUGAGUGGGCUUUAACAGCUAUAUUCGUUUUAUUAUUAGCAAGUGAUGCUAAUUCCAUUGCAUAAUGUAUCAGUAUACAACGACAAGAAACUGACCUUAGCUAUUAGAGAACCUCCUGAAAAUACGGCUUACAAUGACAUACAGUAGAUCUCUCUAGUCGGCCGGUUAAAGUGCAUGGUUUGAAUUUUGAAUACUUUUCAGAUAUAGAGUUAUGGCCUAACGGAAAUGUUUCGUAGAUACUUUCCAAUUAUACGAAAUUAUUGAUCGAAUGUGAUAAUGACAUUGUGUUUGAGGAUGGCCACUGGCAAAAUUAGCUUUCGGACGCUUGCACUGGUUAUGGAGUGGUAACGGUUAUUGCUUGCUAGGGUUCCUAUUCGGGCUUAUUUUCAAGUUAUGGUUAUAAGCAAGGAAAAUAGUUGCCUAAAAUUGACUGUACAAUGGGUGGAAAGCAGAAUUGUUGAGUCUCGUGGAGUUGAGCUGUACAUGUAUUUGUACCUUUUCUUUCGUGCCACCUUAGGAGUAUUGGAAAGCGGUGGUGGUGCUAAAUUAAUGAUAACUCCACAUCGUAGAGUUGUCGAUUCUUUUAGACUUAUUAUGAUGCAAUUUCUUCCAUUACUAUUCACUGUUGUUAUUGAUUUUUCCUGGCUUUCUCUUUUGUUAAUUUGGCAAGCCGAAAAUAUGAACUGUAAACAAAAAUCGUCGAAUCGAGGUUUACACGAUAUGUUACCAGACCCCUGCUACCUCAAAGUGGAUUUGAAAAUUAUUAGCAUCGCGUUGCGAUAAUGUUGGUGCGUUAAUUACAAAUUGAAACCAAAGUGUGAACCUCUUAAAAACAAAUAGGAAUUGAUGCUAUGACUAUACAUUUUAUUAAGCGUGUUCAAAAAGCCUUCCUUGCUAGUUUAGUAUCAUGCUCAUUUCUAGGUGCAGAAAAGUAGAAAAAAUAGCACGUGUUCGAGGUACAAUUAAGCUUUUUCCAAAACUUAUAAUCUUCUAGGAUCAAAGACAUAUUUUAUAUCAAAAACAUCAACAAGACAAAAUCUCUCAAAGAAAAAGCUUCGCAAAAAAGGGAAUUUUUUUGUUUACUCUUUCAUAAACAAAAGGCGAAAUUAUAACAGAUGUUACCUGUAAGCGAUGCGAAAUUUCCUGAUGAAGCCAGCUUCUUUUUUCCUCAGUUCCUGACAAUUAUACUGAUUUUGUUUGGAACAGGCAGAAUUCCUUUGAUUUAGCUGUUAUUUCUCUUUAAUUUUGGCUUUCCUCAUCAUUUGUGAGUUUUGCAUCCAGAACAAAUUUUCGUUUUUCCGACCAUGUUGCUAUUAAAUCGCUGAAUACUCCCAUUUAUUUCUAUUAAAAGAGUUUGAAAAAAAAUUUGGAAGGCUUGAUAGAUCCUCCUGUGAACAACCAUGCUAAUGUUUACGAUGUUAAUCUCAAGAAGGUGCUUUCUUUAUUUACACCACAGAACAUAAGAAACCCUACCAAAUCGAAGUCUUCCCAAACCAGAGAGAAAAUCCGUUGGUUUCUCUUGCUUUGGACGACUUUUUAGAAAAGUAUGGCACCAACUCUUCAGAGUUGAAAAAAAAAAAAUAUUUUAGGACACGUGAAGGUUCAAAGUAAUAUCGCUGUUUUUUUCAUUUUUUGUUUAUCACUACUGCUUGCAGUUGCCGUUGGGAUAACUUUGACUGUUAUCUAUGCCCAACUUUUCAUUUAACAGCUAUUUUUUAUCAUAUUCAGAGGCAAUAAGUUUGGUAUACUUUUCAUAACAUAACUGGAGCCAACCCUUUUGGGUCGUUGGUAACAUUAUCGAACUUGUAUGUACAUCCAUCAAUUGAAACCCUUUUAGUCUCAAUUAAAUACGGUCGUUUCAUUUCUUUCUUACAGAACGUGAUUCAAAAAUUUACUUUGUAAGUAAUUAUAUUCCUGAAGAACACGUGAAAGCCGCUUUUUGGUUGUAGGCUGUUAUUCAAUUGUCUAAUG